UUUCUCUGUAUUAAUAAUUAGAAGCCUCCACACAUUACCGCCCUUAACACAAGUUAGGGUUUGUUGUUGCAGCAAUCUCCCUCUCAUCCGCCGCUUCCAGAUGGAAAAAUCGAAGCGCAGUGGAUUUCGCGAUCGACUCAGUGAGUUGCCCGACUCGUUAAUCUUCAACAUCUUUGAGUUGUUGCCGAUGAAUGACGUUAUUAAGACAACAAUCCUCUCGAAGCAUUGGCAAAAUCUCUGGACAACAGUCCCCUUCCUUAAAUUCACGGAUUCUUCAUUCGAAGAUGAUCGCCCAGAUGCUGAGAUAGUCCGAUACUUCGUGAAUCGGGCACUACAACUGUGGAGGGGGAUCAAGAUUCUGAAGUUCACGAUUGAUUUCAGACACAUUUAUUAUGGUCGACACGUAUUUGAUGAUGUAUUUGAUGAUGAUUGGAAUGUGUGGGUGAGUUGGGCAAAAGAGAAAGAAGUCGAAGAGAUGCACUUGCGCAAACCGUACAAGUUGCACGAGUGUCUCUACUCGUGUUCAUCGCUCAAAGUGUUAGUGUUGUCCCUCGGUGAUAUUCGCCUUUGGCCGCCUAUUGAUGGGAACAUCAAGUGGGAUAGCCUUAAGAGUUUAACGAUUGAUUCGCAUUACUUUGGCCUCGAUCCGGAAUUUAUUAGCCAAGCUUUGCAUGGAAGCCCUAAUUUGGAAGUAUUUAACUUGUCUUUGGGAGUAUUUAACUUGUUUACGUACCCAAGUGGCAUCGAAAGUGAAAGCAAAAGUGUGUGUAUCCAAUCUAAGAGUUUGAAGAAGCUCUCGAUUCGCAAGACUUGGUAUGAAACAGAUAAAGAGCUGGAAAUCGUGACUCCGAAUCUUGAAACGUUGGAAAUUUCAGGAUAUCCAUACAGAAGAUGUGUGUUGAGUGCCUCCUCGUCUUUGACCGAUGUAACUCUUAGAUUUCUUGAGCAUCAUCCGGACUGGAAGAGCGACGAAAGCGUGCAUUUAUAUUUUUGCUGCGAAGAUGACUGUGAGGAAACAUUGAGUAAAAUUCUUCCAGCCAUCCAGCAUGUUGAGAGAGUGAAAUUAUCAACUUGGUGCAUCCAGGUGCUAGAAAGCACGAACAAGCAUCAUUUGCUUUCACGCCCAUAUUUUGAAGUUAGAGAUUGAAUUUUCCGGGCCAGAUUGGUGUUUCGACGAGUAAAAGGAAUCAUGCCAUCUUCACACUCAUCACAUUCUUCGGCAUCAAUUAAUAGCAGAGAUCUUCCUCUACUGCACUUUGCUUGAUUUGGGUUAAUUUGUUGAAAUUUUUUUGCAACAACUUAAUUAAAAAAAAAUUGGGUUUAUUUGUUUCGCUACUGGUUAAUUGUUGGUUUUUUUGGGGGGAUUAAUUUGUUUUGAUACAGCUUAGUUGUUGGUGUUGAACGGAUAUUAUGCAAGUAAUUUUGUGCGGUUUCCCGCAGUUGGAAGU